AUGUCCUCACCCACCACCACCACACCAACCCACAAACUCACCCCCCUCGCAACCCUUACACCGCCCUCCAACUCGCGAACCUGGCAAUCCGCGCCGCAUCCCUCCCUCCCCAUCGUCGCAACCGCGUGCUCCGACCGCAGCGUCCGCGUCUACAGCUUAACCUCCUUCACGCUCCUACAUUCUAUAACGGGUGGGCAUAAGCGUAGCAGUGUUCUUGCGACUGGGAGUUUUGAUAGUAGUGCUGGGAUAUGGCGGAGGGAAGAAAAUGGUGGAGGACGCGAAGAGGACUUUACAGGAAGAAGAAUCGGUGCUGGCGGUGAGGAUAGUGAUGGAGAUGAACGCGACGACGCAGACGACUACCAGUUCUCCUGCAUCCUCGACGGCCACGAAUCCGAAAUCAAAUGCUUGGCUUGGAGUCCCUCAGGCCAGUACCUAGCGACGUGCUCCCGCGACAAGAGCGUGUGGAUAUGGGAGGAGCUCGAAGACGAUAACUUUGAAACCGUGGCUGUGCUGCAGGAACAUGAUGGUGAUGUUAAGAGCGUGGCGUGGCACCCGGAAGAGGAUUUGUUAGUGUCUACGAGUUAUGAUGAUACGGUGAGGUUGUACAAGGAGGAUGCGGAUGAUUGGGUUCAGGUGGCGUGCAUUGAGGGGCAUGCGAAGACGGUUUGGUGGGCGGAGUUUGAGGGGAGUGGGAUGAAUACCAAAGACUGGAGGAAGGAUAUAUCAAGCACAUCUAACACAUCGGAUGCAUCACAACUGCAACGAGCGGAGUAUAUCACGGAGUUGGAACGAUCGGGACCGCGACUCGCGACGUGCUCGGACGACUGCACGGUUCGCAUAUGGCGCCGGAAAGCGAAAGAAGGAGAUGACAACGCGAGUAAUAAGACGGGCGUCCCUAGUAUCAUCCGCUCGGCGGCUAUCGACGAGGAAUGGUAUCAGGAUGCGGUGCUACCGCAGGUUCACGAACGCGCUAUUUACUCGGUUUCUUGGAGUCGCAGGACGGGUAUGAUUGUUAGUGCGGGGAGUGAUGGGAAGGUUAUUGUUUAUAAGGAGAGGUGGAGGGGGCAGGCUGGUGGUGCCGGGGGUAAUGUGGACGGGGAGGAGAUGGAUGUUGAUGGCGCACAGGCAGGGGGAUUGACGGAGUGGGUGGUUGUUGCGGAACUGUUUUCUGGUCAUGAUGUCUUUGAGAUUAAUCAUGUUUGUUGGGCGAAGAGGGCGGAUAAGGGGAGGAGGGGCGAGGAGGAGGAGGUUGUGCUUACGACGGGGGAUGAUGGGGAGGUGAGGGUUUGGGUGGUGGAUGAGGUGGAUGCGGAGAAGGUGUGA